AUGUCCGACGAAGAUCAUCCUAGCGUCCGUGAGACCACGGUCCAUGAAGCCAUUGAGCAGCAUUUUACCAAACAGCCCGAAGCGGUGGCCAUAAGGGCAUGGGAUGGACAUUGGACGUAUGCGGAGCUUGAUCAGUUAUCAUCGAAGCUAACAGGCGUCCUGGCCUCCCAUGGAGUUGGCCCGGGGGCGUUUGUGCCCAUCUACGUCGAAAAGUCCAAGUGGACUCCAGUGGCAAUCAUGGGGGUUCUUCGUGCUGGCGGCGCAUUUGUGCUCAUGGAUGCCUCGAGCCCCAUACUGCGGCUCAAGGAUAUGUGCGCGCAACUCGGCGCAGAGGUCGUUCUCUCUUCCACGUCCAUGGCCAUCAGAGCCUCGGAGCUUGGACCGCGUGUCGUCUACCUCGACGAGAGUCUUCCGGACAAGCUUGACAGUUCUGAGCCAAAGCAAUGCCCUGGAUCGAGAUGCGCCCAGGCAUCAGACCCGGCCUUUGUGGUCUUCACCUCAGGAUCCACAGGGACCCCCAAGGGGGUGGUGGUUGAGCACGCUGCCAUGGCUACCAGCUUGGCCGCGUAUUGCCAGAAGGUAGGCGUCAAUACAACCACUCGGAUGCUACAGUUUGCGUCGUAUUCCUUCGAUGUAAGCGUCAACGACCAUCUGGCGGCCCUGUUCGCAGGCGGCUGCAUCUGCAUCCCGUCCGAGGACCAGAGACUCAAUAGCAUUCGGGCCGCAAUCCAGAGCAUGGGGGCUAAUACGAUGGACAUCACCCCCUCGCUGGCACGCACCCUGCGUCCUGAACAGGUCCCUUCUAUCCAUACUGUUAUCCUGGGCGGCGAGGCUGUUACGGCUGAUAAUCUACUCGCUUGGGGCUCCAUCAGGCUCGUCCAGGUCUAUGGGCCUGCGGAGUGUUGUGUGUCGAGCACAUUGAGAGUAGGCGUUAAGCCAGGGGACGACCCAUCCAACAUUGGCUGGGCGAGCGGCGGCACAUGCUGGGUGGUCAAGGAGGAUGACCGCGACGAACUCGUCCCCAUGGGCAGCAUCGGAGAGCUACUCAUCGGGGGCCCCAUUCUCGCGCGCGGAUACCUCAACAAUGACGGCUUGACGCGAGCCGCCUUCAUUACCGAUCCAGCAUGGGCGGCGCAUUCGCCUUCUCUCCCGACAUCACGUCGAUUCUACAAGACCGGGGACCUUGUUCGCCAGCAGCCGGAUGGGAGCCUGCGGUUUGUUGGCCGCAAGGACAGGCAGGUUAAGGUCCGCGGGCAGCGGAUUGAAUUGGGGGAGAUCGAAUACCAGCUGAAGCAGUCCUUUGAUGGCGCCGACCAGGUCAUCGUGGAGCAGAUUGUGAUGGACAAUUCAUCGCGCUGUGAGCUGGUGGCAUUCAUCGAGCUCGGACAGAGGGUGAUUCAAGGGCAGCCAGACUCUCUGUUCAUCAUACCGAGUGAUGUGUUCCGACAACAGACUGCGGCCGCUCAGCCACGGCUGGCCGAACGACUGCCGCAGGCCAUGAUCCCCAGAGUCUUCAUACCGGUUCACGAAGUUCCCCUGUCCCUGUCUGGAAAGGCGGACAGAAACCGCCUGUGCAACCAAGCCACGUCCCUGAGCAAGCAUGACAUCGGGCUAUACAUGGUUGCUGCCCGUGAGAAACGCGAGCCCAUUACGGCAUCUGAAUAUCUGCUUCGGGAGCUCUGUGCCUCGGUCUUGAACGUCCCAGAGGAAGAGCUCGGGAUGGAGGACACCUUCCUCCAACACGGGGCCGAUUCCAUCUCCGCCAUCCGCUUGGUUGGUCUCGCAGAAGACCGCGGGCUCCGAUUGCAGUUUGCAGAUGUAUUCCGCCAUUCUCGCCUCUCGUCAAUUGCGCAGGCUCUGCAGGGUACCACAGACGCUGCAGGGAAUGCACCGGUCCCCCCGUUCUCUCUGCUUGGAUCCGACGCAGCGUCUUUGUCUUUGCAGGGGGCAGCUCAAUGUGCGAUACCUGUGCAACAGGUCGAGGAUAUGUACCCAGCCACGGCACUCCAGGAAGGGCUGAUGUCCCUUUCUGUAAAGCGGACGGGAGCAUACGCGGCACAUCUGCCCCUGAGGUUGGACGAAUCUGUCCACCUCGAGCGGCUCCAGGCCGCGUGGGACAAGACGGUCGAUGCCCACGGCAUCUUGAGGACUCGGCUGAUCCAAAGUGACCAUGGAAAGCUGUACCAGGUUGUCCUGCGCACGAACCCAGCCUGGACAUACGGGACCAGUCUGCCGGACUACCUUGCCCAACAGAACGAGAUCACAUUCGGCCUGGGGCGUCCGUUGAGUUAUUAUGCCAUUCUAGCAGACGCCGAGUCCGGGGCUCGCUACUUUGUGCUGACGCUGCAUCACUCAAUGUAUGACGGCUGGUCACUGCCCAUUCUGCUCGAGGACCUCGAUGCCGCGUAUCAUGCGGCACCUCUGCGCGGUCGGCAGUUUGCUGGGUUCAUACGCCAUCUCACCCAGCACGAUAUAGCCGCCUCGCACGCCUACUGGAAGGACGAGUUCGAGGGGCUGGAUUGCACCCAUUUCCCAAGCCCUCCGUUGGAUGACCGCAUUGUCCACCCUACUGCGUCCUUUGAGUGUACGGUCGACAGGAGCCCAUCAUCCCGCGGACAAGGCGACUUCACCAUAUCCACAGUCAUUCGUCUUGCAUGGGCGAUGGUGCUAGCGACCUACGCCGACAGCACUGACGUCGUGUUCGGGACCGUCGUAACCGGGCGCAGUUUGCCAAUCCCUGGAAUUGCCGACAUGACGGGCCCGACCGUUGCCACGGUCCCUUUCCGCAUACAGCUAAAGCCCGAGGACACAUGCGCCGCUGCCCUGAGUGCGAUACAUACCAAGGCGAUGCAGAUGAUUCCGUUUGAACAGGACGGGCUGCUACAGAUCAGCAGGAUGGGGCCGGAGGCAGGUCAUGCCUGCCGGUUCCAGAGCCUGUUGGUUGUCCAAGCAGAGGGGCAAGAGUUUGUUCCGAGAUCCAGCCUGUUCACCCCCGUUCCUGGCCAUGAUGGCUCGGACUCAGCCUCCCACUGGGCCGAGAGCACCUAUGCGGUGAAUGUGGUGUGCGAGCCUACAGCCUCCGGAAUCCGGUUCAAGACCACGUAUGAUCCCCAUGUCAUUGACCCUCGGAUCCUUGAGAUGGUCAUCCAUCAGAUGGCACAUGUUACCGAGCGCAUACUAGACGACCAGAGCAGCCGCGACUCCCUCCGUGUGGGUGAUCUCAAGGAGGCCGGCCGAGAGGGGCUGACACAGCUUCUCCGGUGGAAUGAGCAUCUACCUCCAUCUGUCGACCUCUGUGUCCACGACGUGAUCCUGUCCCAUUGCGAACAGACGCCAGACGCUCCAGCAGUCCACGCAUGGGACGGGAUGUUAACAUACCGCGAGCUGGACGAGCUGUCCCAGUCCCUGGCAUGCUAUCUGCUGGCUAGAGGGGUGCACAGGGGAUUCCGGGUGCCAAUAUUGAUGCACAAGUCCUUCUGGACGCCCGUUGCAAUCCUUGGGAUCAUCAGGGCUGGCGGUACAUUUGUGCUCUUGGAGCCCUCACUCCCACUGGGACGCCUGGAGCAUAUGUGCGGUAUCAUCGAUGCCGCACUUGUAGUGGCAUCCAGCGACUGCGCUGCCUUGGCCAGGAAGCUCCUCCCUGAGGUUCUGGUUCUGUCUCGAGACGUCUGUAGCCCUUGCUCCAGCUCGGAAAGCCAGCUCCCCGUCGUCCAUCCACAGCAGGCCCUCUACAUCAUCUUCACCUCCGGGUCCACCGGUCUUCCCAAGGCUGUGGUUAUCGAACACCUCUCCUUCAGCACCAGUGCCAGUGCGUACAGUGCUUUGAAUGGAAUCGAUCGCACAACCAGGGUCUUCCAGUUCGCAUCCUAUGCAUUCGAUGUCAGCGUCUCCGAUCACCUCCUUCCGCUGAUGCAGGGCGCCUGUGUCUGCAUCCCCAAUCCGGCCAGUCUCAAGGAUAACCUCGCCGUUACGAUCGCCGAGUUUGGUGCCACCUUGGCGGAUCUGACCCCGUCCGUGGCGCGUCUAUUGGAUCCAGACGAAGUCCCCUCGCUGCGAGCCCUGGCCCUCGGCGGGGAAAGUAUGCUCAAAGCCGACAUUGACAGGUGGUGUGACAGGGUUUAUCUCAUCAAUGUCUAUGGGCCUGCAGAGUGCUCAUGCAGCACGGUUGCCCGGGCGCCAAUGAAGCAUGACUCCUGCCCGCUGGAUAUUGGAUAUCCCACCGGCGGCGCUUGCUGGGUCGUCGAUCCGGGAGAUCGCAACCGGCUGCUCCCCAUUGGAGCGGUGGGCGAGCUUAUCCUCCAGGGUCCAAUUGUUGGGCGCGGGUAUCUCAACGGUGACGCAAAGGCCAACUGUUGCUUCUUCAAGCAUCCCCGGUGGCUGGCGUCGUUGCCGCCUACAGAUGAUAUUCAUGCUGCGCGAUUCUAUGCCACUGGCGAUCUGGUGCAGUACGCUGGUGAUGGUUCCCUGCGGUACGUUGGCCGCAAGGACAAGCAGGUCAAGUUGCGUGGUCAGCGCAUUGAGCUGGGGGAGAUUGAGCAUCAUCUGCAGCAGCUUCUGCCGGCGGGCUGGCAGUAUGCCUUCUCAUACCGGGCAAGGCGAGGACAGCAUACUCCUCCCGAAACAGGUGUGUCCCUGCAGUCGCAGCUGAAGGAUUUAUCCACGAGCUUGCAACGAGCUCUCCCGAGCUACAUGGUUCCCACGGCAUUCCUGGCCUUAAGCCACAUACCUCUUUCGCCGUCGGGCAAAGUGGAUAGGAAGGCACUACGGGAGUUGGCAGCACCGCUCUCCCUGGAGGACUUGAGGCUGUACGAGUUGUCAGCAGGGGACCGGGCCAUACGACCGCCGAAUUCAAGGCUAGAGACAACGAUAUGUCAAGCGUUCGGCACUGUGCUCAAUCAGCCCGUCGAAAGGAUCAGUGUCGACGACAGUUUCUUCCACCUUGGAGGCGACUCCAUCACCGUGAUGCAGCUUGUUGCGCAAUGCCGCCGGAGAGGCUUGUCCAUCUCCACACCAGAUGUCUUUCUUCAUCGCACGGUCGCCCAGCUUGCAAAGUAUGUUCAGGGCGCCCUCGCGACCCAAAGCGAGCGGCAAGGUGAUUCUACCUCGGCUGCUGGCACAGGGAGCGUCCAGGUAGAUACAUGGUACGCGCUCUCACCAAUCCAGGCAAUCUUCUUCGACAGCCAGCCGCGAGCAUUUAAUCACUUCAACCAAACCCUGCUUGUCAGGCUUGUCAAGCCCGCUUCGGAGGCGAGGUUGGUCCAGGCAGUCGAAGCAGUCGUGGAGCGCCACGCCAUGCUGCGAGCCCGCUUUGGGAAGCACGAGGGGAGGUGGGAGCAGAUGGUAACAGCCGAUGCGCGCUCGUCCUAUCGGUUUGAAUGUCACCAGCUCGAGACAGUGGACGAAAUGCAGCUUCAAUUGGACAGUAGUCAGCGGACGCUGGAUUUAGUAAACGGUCCCCUUUUAGCGGUCAAUCGAAUCCACGUCGGCACUGCCAGCUUCCUGUUCCUGGUUGCACACCAUCUUGUCAUGGAUCCGGUGUCCUGGCGUAUCAUCCUUGGUGAUCUGGAGACUGUGCUCCGGAACGACGGCCCAUUGCCCCCUUGCCCUCUGGACUUCCCUGUAUGGAACCGAAUGCAGGCUGAAUUCGUGCAGACAAUGUUGGCGCCAUCCACUACACUCCCUUCGCCAGACGAUUACUCUCAACAUCUGCAAGUAUCGUAUGCCGAGUUUUGGGGAAUGGCGGAGCGACCCAGCACGUGGAGCGAUAUCCAGGUGCUCAGCUUCAAGUUGAACACGCAGACGACAAAGCAGCUGCUCAGCCUCGCCCACACGGCCCUGGACGCUCAGCCCAUCGAGCUCUUCCAUACCGCAAUCAUCCAAAGCUUCACACAGGUAUUCCAUGACCGCCCCGCCCCGGUCGUAUGGAAUGCCGGCCACGGCCGAGAACCCUGGGAGCGCUCGCGUCUCGACCUCUCCCAAACAGUGGGCUGGUUCUCUACCCUCUGGCCCGUCGUGGUUGCCGUCGACUCGCCGCAUCAACCCUUGCUGGAAACAAUCCAGCGCACCAAAGCCGCGCGACGAGCGGUGCCGAUGAACGGAUGGGCAUACUUCACCGCGCGCCAUUUCCAUCCCGACGGGCACACCCUGCAGCCAAAGGGCCCGAUGGAGUUCGUGUUGAACUUCCAGGGCGUCAAUCCGCAGCUGGAAUCCCCCGAUGCCCUGUUUCGGCCGGCGGACGACAUCGCGGUUGACCAUGGCCGCAACGACCUCGACCCUGACGCCCGCCACUUCUCGUUGUUUGAGGUCGUUGUUUCUGGGGCUCGCGGGGAGCUGGAGUUGAAGCUGGAAUACGACUCACGCGUCCGGCAUCUGGACCGUGUGAAGGAGUGGUUUUUCUUGCUUCGUGAUGUCUUGAUCCAGGCUGCCGACGAGCUUUCGCAGGUGGCCCUUUAG